UUACGAUUAAAAUCAUUUCUAUUUUUCAAUUUAAUAAAUUAAUUAUGGUAGGAAUGCUUAUCAUUCAUUUCCCUACGUAACCGUUUUAUAAUUAACGAACAAACUUCUCUUUCUCUAUUUUUUCUCUCUAAAAUUCAUUCCAUUCACUCAAAAUCAUUUCUUUUCGUUCCAUCUUCAAUGUCUCCACAACCGUCUCAGCCACCGCCCCAAUGUGCCACCAUGGAACGACUCAGGACCUUGACCAUGAACUGGGACGCUCUCAAGGACGACGAUGACGACGACCGCUUCUUCGAAUCUUUCGACCGAAUCUCCUCCGCACUCGCAAUCGAUCUCGACCUCUCUUCUUCUGACGACGAUGGCUUCGACGAUUGUCGCAUGUCCUUCGCCUCCACUGUCUCAACCGCUCGCUCUGCCGAUUUCCUACGUAACUUCUCCGAUCCCAACACUCCUUCCUCAGCCGUCGUCUCUGUUGCAGGCGCUGCAAACUACGAUGUAUGGAUGGCUGCUCCAGGCUCUAUCAAGGAGCGUCGUAAACGGUUGCUUCAGGGAAUGGGAUUGGCAGCGGAGAAGGAUCUAUUGAGGGUUAGCAGCAUUGUCGUCGCGGCUAAACCGGAAAACAAUGCUGCAACCUGCUCCGACGUUGAUCCUAAACAAGACCCUUCGCCUUCAGCUUCAUCUUCUCCGUCUUCGCCGUCUCCUCAAUUUCCGGUUGUGCUUGUGAGGUCUCGUUCGGAUAGUGAUAUCGAGUCUUUUACCCUCGAGAAACUACGGCUGCAAGAUAUGAUCGGUAUGAAUUCAAAACAGAGGAUCACUAGAACUUACUCAGCCAUUUUGGCUCCAAGGGCUCGUAUAUGCCCUUAUGCCGAUACGAUCCGAGUUUCGCCGAGGGAUCAUCCGAGUACCAUCGUAGGACGUUCGAUCAGGCACAGAAAUAGUGGUGGUCGUGGUGCUCUGUCUUCAUUGGUUUCCUCUAGCAGAUUUGGGGCUUUCUUCCUCAUCAAGAAUUUAGAUACAGGGACAGAGUUUAUCGUCAAUGAAUAUGGCGAAGAUGGGAUGUGGAACAGGCUCAGUGACCUUCAAACAGGGAAGCAACUCACCAUGGAAGAGUUCGAGAAGUGCGUUGGCUAUUCUCCCGUCGUUAAAGAAUUAAUGCGUCGCGAAAACGUUACCGGCAGCAGAGUUGGCGGGAGUAAUAGGAAAGUGGGUAUUUCUAAUUCUUACAUAUCAAGGAGUUUGAGGAUGAGCAAGAGAAGAGGUGUUGCUCUUCUCAAAAAUAGCAUAAAGGGUGUGGCUUCUUCUAUGAGUGGAUUCAUUUGUGAGAAAGAAAGGGAGGCUCUGCCACCAUUGCCCCCACCGCCUGCUGCAGCUGGGGCUGAGCAUAAUAAGCCUGCAAAGAACUCCAAUACUGCUAGUUCGGAUUGGAUUAAAGUUCGGCAGACAGGAAAAUCUUAUAAGGAGUUAUCGGCUUUGCAUUGUUGUCAAGAGAUUCAAGCCCAUGAAGGCUCGAUCUGGUGUAUCAAGUUCAGUAUGGAUGCCCAUUUUCUAGCGAGUGCAGGGGAAGAUAGGAUAGUUCGAGUGUGGGAAGUGCAGGAGUGUGGGAUUAUGUCAUUGAGAGAGGAAGGGAACGCCAAUACGCCCCUUCAUCCCUCGAUUUGUAACUCGCCGGAGCGGCCACAAUCUCUUGCUGAUGCUCCUUUGAUGCCAUCGGAGAGGAGGAAGAAAGGGAAAGGGUCAUCUAGUAGAAGAGGUGGCACCAAUACCAUUCCUGACUAUGUUCACGUGCCUGAAACGGUGUUUGCUCUCUCAGACAAACCAUUUUGCAAUUUCACUGGCCAUUUGGAUGAUGUUCUGGAUUUGUCUUGGUCAAGAGAUCAGUUGCUUCUUUCAUCAUCAAUGGACAAAACCGUUAGACUAUGGGAUUUAGAAAGCAAGAGCUGUUUAAGAAUGUUUGCUCACAACGAUUAUGUAACUUGCAUACAGUUUAAUCCAAUGAAUGAUGACUACUUCAUCAGUGGCUCACUUGAUGCCAAGGUUAGGAUUUGGAACAUACCCGAUAGACAAGUUGUGGAUUGGACUGAUCUUCAUGAGAUGGUUACUGCUGCUUGCUACACCCCUGAUGGCAAGGGUGCUUUUAUUGGUUCACACAAAGGUAGCUGUCGCAUGUACAGUACAGAAGAUUGCAAAUUGAGUCAAACAAGUCAGGUUGAUUUUCAAUCCAAGAAGAAAUCUCAGGCCAAAAAGAUUACAGGUUUUCAGUUUUCUCCCACAAAUCCAUCUGAAUUGCUUGUUACCUCUGCUGAUUCUCGGGUAAGAAUAGUGGAUGGUGCAAACCCAGUUCACAAGUUCAAAGGAUUUCGCAAUACAAGUAGUCAAAUAACAGCAGCAUUCACUGAGAAUGGGAAAUAUAUCAUAUCUGCAAGUGAAGACUCUCAAGUAUAUGUAUGGAAGCGUGAAGAGGCUAGGCAACCAGUCUCAGGAAGAAGACCCGUCAUUAACACAAGAUCAUAUGAGCAUUUCCAAUGUAGAGACGUUUCAGUAGCAAUCCCAUGGCCAGGUACCAUCAAAGGCGAUCCCCCUUCUGUCCCAUUACAUCAUUCAAAACGCCACUCCAAACGCUAUUCAGCCUCACCUUCAGCUCCUGAGUCACCCACUCGAGAUGAAGUCUCCUCUGCUGCAGCAGCAGCAGCACCAACAGGUAAUAGCAAACGACAUUUACCACCAUUGCCCAAGAAAGGUACUACUGGUGCCUCUUCGUCGUUGGAGAACAAUCAGCCAGAAGAGGAGCUUGGUCAAGUUUCUCAAAUGGAAUGUGGCUAUGUUGGAGAGUCCUUCAAUUCCGAAGCAGAGACAAUAAGGUAUGGUGAUUCACCAUCUAUAUCGGCAUCAGGUGCAACACCAUCUUCCUCAUGGUCUUCGUCUUGGCCUUGGUUUGACAUUGGUGGUAACCAUGGAAGUCAAAGUAUCCAAGCAACUGCGUGGGGGAUGGUUAUUGUGACAGCAGGGCUAGGUGGUGAAAUCAAAGCUUAUCAGAAUUUUGGGUUGCCUCGGAAAGUUGGUCGACAAACCAGUCUUUUUGGAAGCCAAGCAUAGUGAUUAGUGUGUGCAACAAGUUCUAGGACCAUACACAAUACAGCAACAUACACAACACAAUACUCUCGUGUUUUUUCACAGAAACAAUUGUAGAGCUAGAUAUUCAAUUAAAAUUAUAUAAAUGUAAAUCAUCAUUCAGUUCAGUCUAUUUUUUAUCAAUGAAAACAGAGACAAACAUUUGUCCUC